AGCAAAUAGCGUUUUUUCUUUCUAAUCAUAAAAUAUAUAUAUAAGGUCAAAAAUAAUAUCUAUAUACUUUCAAAAGUAUAUCUAUAUGUUUUAUAUGCCAUAUAUAUCCUGCAUACACUCAACAGAAUAGCUAGAGAAGGACCCAGGCUAACACACUCGCUAGCGUUCUAGCUAGCUAGCAUCAAACAGAACGCAGGCGGGAAUGUCGUCAUUUCCUGUUGCGAGACAUGUCUGAAUCUCCAUCUUCACAUUGUGCUGUUAGUGAAGCUUGCACUCCGGUUUCAGGUGAAUUAUCAGCGCAGGAAGAAGAUCCUGAAGGUUUUGCAGAUUUAUCCGAGCUGCCUGUUGAAGUUAGUGAAAGGAGACCGACUUGUUUACGAUGCUGCCGUCCGGUGAAGGUGUGUCUGUGUCCGUUUCUCCCCGCCGAGCCGCUGAACGUCUCCACCUGCCUGUACAUCGUUCAGCAUCCUGCAGAGGAGAGUCGAGUGCUCCGUACCGUCCCCCUGCUGGCCGCCUGCUUACCUAAUGGCAAAUGCAAAGUCUUGAUUGGAAGACGGUUCAGUGAAGAGAGACACGCCGAGUUAGCCGCCGUGUGCAGAGACGCGCACACCCUCGUCCUGUAUCCCGGAUCCGACGCCGAAAACCUGGAGGACAUGGAUGUGGAUUUCGCCGCCACUCCUCACAACGUCAUUAUUAUAGACGGCACAUGGAGCCAAGCCAAGGACAUGUUCCUCAGAAACGCUCUGUUCCACUUACCCAAACAGGUGCAGUUAAACAGCGCCCCGUCCAGUCAGUACGUGAUCCGCACUCAGCCCACGAACAUGUGCCUGUCCACGCUCGAGUGUGCUGCUGUCACUCUGUCCAUCAUGGAGAAAAACCAAGCCAUACAGGAGGUUCUACUGAGGCCUCUGCGAGCUCUGUGUUCGUUCCAGCUGCAGCACGGAGCUCAGGUUCACCACAGCAAAGAGCAUCUGCUGAAGAGCGGCCUGUACGAUAAACCCCUGCCCAAGAACAAGCGCAAGAUCAAGAGGAUGCAGAAACUCAUCACCAACCAGGAUGUCUGAGUACGGCUGGGACGUCCAACUAUCCAAGGCGUCCGACUACGACCGGGACGUCCGACUGUCCGACUACGACCGGGACCUCCGAUUAUGACCGGGAGAUUCAACUACAACUGGGAUAUCCGACUAAGACCAGGAUGUCAGACUGCAACUUGGAUGUCCAGCGAUCUGGUUACAAUCAGGACAUCUGACUGUCCGACUAAGACCAGAACGUCUGACUACGACCAAGAUGUCUGAUGUAUGUAUGACUACGGCUGCAGGAGCAGAAACGUACCCAAGAUUUUUAAACAUUUAACUUUCGUAGGUUUCUUUUUGUUAAGCGAUGAGAUCUUCAUGAAGGUUUUGUUUACAGAGUUAAUCACUGACCUCUACAUCUGAAGUUAAAUGCUGGAAAAACUUUUGACUGAAGGUCCGUUGAAGACUUUUUGUAUCUUUAAGCGCUGAGAUCGGAUUUCAGUGCUGUUUUGUUGUAGCGUAUUCCCUCAAGAAUGUACAGGACCGUACACAUUAAUGCUGUAUCAUGUAUGUCUGUAUGAUGGUUAAAUCUUUUGCUGUUUCAUCAUUUUAAAGUACAUACUCUGUUCUGACACCAGCUGGUUUUAAUAUAAUUAAAACUUGCUGCUUCAGUGGAUUGUUUCUCACUCUUGUGUUCCUGAAGACUUUUUUUUUUCAAGUGUAGAAUUUGACAUCAUUUUGGUGAAUUUUUCCUGGAAUAAAGGAUUUUUAUAAAGAUUUGUAUUGUGAGUUAGAAGUGAAUAUUCCCUUUCAUCAAACAUCCCAACACUUGUAAAAAAAAAAAA